AUGAAAAUAAGAUGUGGUCACCACAUCCAUAGAUUGAGACACAGGUGUUUCCUGUUCUCUCUGUCUCUGCUGGCCGUCUGUCUGCUUAAACUCGUCUACAUCAAAGUCACUGUGAGAGACAGCGUCUAUAUCGAGCCGUACGGGAUCACAGCUCAUCGCAGCUUAUCUAGAACCCACCAGAGGUAUGACGUUAACUGCACGGCCGUCUACGAGCUGGACCCGGUAGAGAUCGGGAAGGCUCUGGAGAUAAAACGUAAGGUGAUUGUUGAACUGGAUGACGAGAGCACGGUAAGUCUAACUGCAGACUGUCAGACAUUUAUCAGAGGGAGGGGUUACGAUGAUGUUCCUGUGUCGGAUGCAGAGCGGAAAUUUCCAUUGGCUUACUCUCUGGUGGUGCAUAAGAACGCCCCCAUGGUGGAGCGGAUCCUUCACGCCAUCUACUCUCCUCACAACAUCUACUGCCUCCACUAUGACCAGAAGUCAUCUGCAACGUUUGUGAAGGCCGUUAAAAACCUCGCUCGGUGCACGCCUAAUGUCUUUAUUGCCUCCAAACUGGAGUCUGUGGAAUAUGCACACAUCAGUAGGCUCAACGCUGACCUCAACUGUCUCUCUGACCUGCUUAGGUCAGAGGUCAAGUGGCGGUAUGUCAUCAACCUGUGUGGUCAGGACUUUCCUCUGAAGUCAAACUAUGAGCUUGUAAUGGAGCUAAUGAAGCUGAAUGGCAGCAACAUGCUGGAGUCAAGUCGACCGAGUGAGUUAAAGAAACAACGCUUCAGCUUCACACACGAGUUGAGGAACGUUCCUUAUGAGUAUAGACGCAUCCCCGUGAAAACCAACACCGCCAAACAGGCCCCGCCCCAUGGGAUUGAGGUGUUCAUUGGGAGCGCCUACUUUGUCCUAUCACGGGAGUUUGUGGAUCACAUCAGCAGCAGCGCUGUGGUGAGGGACUUCCUCUCCUGGUCAGCUGACACAUACUCACCAGACGAACACUUCUGGGCCACCCUGGUCAGGAUAUCCGGGGUGCCCGGACACAUUCCCAGGUCAGAGGCAGACAUCACAGAUCUGAGGAGCAAAACUCGACUCGUCAAGUGGAAUUACUUAGAAGGAAAUCUUUACCCAGCAUGCACCGGGACACACAUGAGGAGUGUCUGUAUCUACGGGGCGGCUGAACUUCGCUGGCUGCUCAACUUUGGACACUGGUUUGCAAACAAGUUUGACCCCAAAGUGGACCCGAUCCUGAUCAAGUGUCUGGAGGAGAAACUGAUGGAGAAACGUCACAGAGUAAAAACAUGA